AUGCUCAAAUUUUUAAAGUCCCGAAGAUCCUGGGAACCGCUUUCAGACAUCGACGACAUCGAAUGGGAGCCCCUCACACAGCUAGCAGAGGAGCCUAAGCCUACGCCUAUACCUAUACCUACACCUAUACCUAUACCACCAGCAGUGCACAGGAUCCCGGACGACAUCCUCCUCCAUAUAUUCGCGAUGAACAAUAACAUGGACGACGACGCGCCGAUUGCACAGGCUGUGUACGUCCCCCUGCGCGCGAUCGAGUGCCUGCGCUCCGCGUCGCAGGUCAACCGCGCAUGGCGCACCGCCGCGCUCAGCGCGCACUCGCUCUGGGCUAACACCAUCGACGCUGAUUUUCUGCUAUCUCUCGGAAACACUCAGUGGAUGAAGGAGGUUCUGGCACGCACGGGCGACGCACCGCUCACGGUGCGAUGGCACCCUGUCCGACCGAACAAGGCUGAGUUGAUGCGCGCGUUCUUCGAAGAGAACUGGGCCCGCGUGCGGAAGCUUGAGUUGGUCGCUACGUCCUCUAGUAUGUGCCGGAGCAACACAUUGCGAGAUCGGGAUGUUACAGCGACAAAUUUGAAUACCCCGCCGGUGGGAUGGAGAGCAGAGGAGAAUCUGCGUCUCUUCGAGUUCUUCUUCCGUCCGGCGCCUCUACUCGAGUCGUUUGUGUGCGGGUUCCCCGUGCGCAGAGAGGAUUUGUUGGACCAUCAACGUGAACAAGAUUUGAGUGGAGUCCCGUUUUCAUCUUGUGCUCCGAGGCUGAAGGAGUUCAAUUGUAACCUGUCUUUUGAUUGUGGGUCUUUGAGCUGGAUUCCAGCUUCUGUACAAAGACUCACGCUGGAUUCUGGGUCGCAGCCAACGAAUCUGAAAAUUUCAGAGUUAAUCGACAUGGUGUACAACCCCAUGUUGAUCAACCUCCAGAAAUUGGUGGUUAGACGGCAGCUGGUGUCUUCCAAAGAUCGAAAAGCUGAAGAUGUGAAUAUGGAAAACGUAACAACAUGCCGGAACUCCCUGAGCAGAGUCCGGCAUAUGGAAAUAACGGGGAACCAACAACUGGGGGAUGUACUAGGGUUCUUGGGGGAUAUCAAUCUCGACUUCGAUUAUUUGCGUACCUUGAUCCUAAGCGCCAGCAUCUACAGCCCAGAGAUGCUGGCGAAAAGCUCACUCAGCAUUCUUGCGUUAUACCUGAGUAGAUGCUGCUCGAGUCUGUUCCCUUCCUCUCUCGUUAUAUCAGCCAACCUGCACAGCCUGAACAUCGUAUAUAACAUCACCCCGUGUCGGACUAACAACCCAUUCGCCCUCGGAAACACCACAUUCGAGCUCCGAGUAGGCAGCAGCAGACCUCCCAAGAAAGACGAUCCAGUCGGCCCAAUAUCGUCUUUCCUUCUCAGACACCUGCUCUACGGUGUAGAAUCCAUCAGCGUGCUCGACGCCACUCUAUACCUAUCUCCCGCCGUAUUCGACCCGCUAGACGAGGGAUUUGUCCAGUUUAUACGAUCUUUCGCGUUAGUGGAAACUCUCCGCGCCUCCGGCGAGACACUCAGCCUGCUCAAUACCGUCAUGGCCAGCUCCGAGGCCGCCAUUAUGCCACAACUGCACACACUGAUCUUGUCCGACAUAUGCACCGUCGACUUUGUCGUCCUCGAGCGCUUCCUGAAUCUGCGGGAUAUGAGGGGAUUAGCGAUCAAAAUAUUCCAAUGUACAUUACCCAUGGUCGAUUCCGAAGCUGAGAACAAGAUGAUGAGCGACCUGUCUUUUCUGGAUGAGUUUGAGAACCUGCAGGUCAGGUAUACGUAUGGCCAACGGAUCAAUCUAGAUAAAAUGUGA